AUGAUAAGACGAGGAACACCCCCCCCACCAUCACCGCCCGAAACACUACGAGUUGUUCCUCCGCCUCUCCCUUCCUACGGCACUCCCUCGUCCCCCUCCCUGCCCUCCUGGCCUCUGUCCGGCGGCCCUCUGCGGCUGGGUUUUAAUCUCCCAGCACCAUCACUCAGGACAGACUCCAGACCCACCAACCUGAUGCUGCUGCUGCUUCUCACCUGCCUCCUGCACUCCUGGCAGUGUGCCAGAGGACAGUCGUCAUACACUAUAGACACCGUCAGCCUUAAAAUCCUACCCAGCAGCACCGUUCAGAGCGGGACACCGGUGACCCUGCGCUGCCAGGUCAGAGUCAGCCAUGACAACAUCCCUCACCUGACACACACUUUCCAGCUCAGACGAGACGACGUCCCCAUCCACUCCUCCACCACCACAGAGGACUCACUCGUGUAUGAGCUGAACCCGGCCCGGGCAGCUGACUCUGGGAGUUAUGAGUGUCGCGUCAAAGUGAAGGACAAGAGCAGAAACAGCGAUAGCCAAAAGCUCAACGUCACAG